AAAAGGGAUUUUACUCUCGAAGCAAAUCUAACGAGGCCUCGUUAGCGACCUUAUAUACUGUCUAUGUUAGCCACGGGUGCAUGAUUAUGCCGUGUUUAAAGCAGGUUUAAAGCGAGGUAUUGAGUGUAACAACGUCGUGCACACAACUCAGACUCCCAUCAACCCUUGCGAUCGUAUUUACAGUAAAGUAUAGGAACCAUGCUUUCGGCUGAAUGCUAGCCCGGGCUAACGUCACAGUGUAGAGUUGUUCCAAAAGUUGGAAAAGACGCUGACCCCUGAUGCUUCCUGUUAAAAAGGGCGCUGCUCUGCUCUGCUCUGCUGCUAAAUAUCUAAAUGUAGGUCACCCGCUGUCUCACAACACCUCUCUGGAUUUGCUGACAAGCGAGUAUCACUUCCUUUCUGUUAGGGGACAGGUCGGUUCUUCCCGGUUCUUCCCAGUGCAAGCAGCGAGUAUGAUAUGAUGCGACCUCAUUGUAUCAUGUGCUGAAGCUCGGUCUGUCAGUUAGAGCAGCGAUGAAGGCCGGAGUGAGGACGCAGGUUUCGGACAGAGCUGCAGCCACAGUCUGCCUCCUAACGCUGUGCCUCGGCCGUUUACACGCAGUCGCCCUCAAACCACAACUUCUCAGCAGGCUCGGUGGCUCAUCUUACUCCGCCGAGACCACCAUCAGCUAUGAAACAUUUUAUUUUGACCAGAAGAUCGAUCAUUUUGGUUUCCUAGAGGAUGGCACCUUCAAACAGAGAUACCUCGUAGCUGACAAACACUGGCAGCAGCCUGGAGGACCCAUUUUGUUCUACACUGGCAACGAAGGCGACAUCACCUGGUUCUGCAACAAUACUGGCUUCAUGUGGGAUAUUGCAGAGGAGUUGGGCGCCAUGCUGGUUUUUGCAGAACAUCGUUACUAUGGAGAGUCGCUGCCAUUUGGACAAGACUCUUACAGCGACAGCAAACACUUGAACUACCUGAGCUCAGAGCAGGCCCUGGCAGAUUUUGCAGUGCUGAUUCAGAACCUGAAGAGUUCUUCACCUGGAGCUCGCCAGAGUCCUGUCAUCGCUGUCGGAGGUUCCUAUGGAGGGAUGCUCGCCGCCUGGUUCAGGAUGAAAUACCCCAAUAUAGUUGUUGGAGCUCUGGCAGCCUCGGCACCAAUAUGGCAGUUCCCUGAUAUGGUGCCAUGUGGAGACUUCUACAAAAUAGUCACACAGGACUUUGCCAAGAGUGGCAUUAACUGUGAUGCAAACAUCAGAAAGUCGUGGAAGGCUAUUAACAAUGUCUCUUCCACUGCGUCUGGUCUUCAGUGGCUGUCAGAAGAAUUCAGUUUAUGCGCGCCUCUUAAAAGCAGCGCCGAUGCUGUCGGCUUCAAGAGCUGGCUUCAGGAGACCUGGGUGAACCUGGCCAUGGUGGACUACCCCUACCAAGCAAACUUUCUGCAGCCACUUCCUCGCUGGCCGAUCCAGGUGGUGUGCAAGUUUCUUGCUUUGGAUCCCAGCGUGUCUGACUACCAGCUGCUGCACGGUGUCUCCCAAGCAGCAAAGGUCUACUACAACUACACCGGAAGCACUUCCUGUCUCAACACAUCUCAGACAGUGACCGGCAGCCUGGGUUUACUGGGCUGGUUUUACCAGGCCUGCACAGAGAUGGUGAUGCCCAUGUGCACUGACGGCGUCCACGACAUGUUUGAACCGGAGGAGUGGAACCUGCAGGCCUUUUCUGAUGAGUGUAACGCCAUGUUUGGUGUCAGGCCACGAGCCGACUGGGCUGGCACAGUCUACGGGGCGAAGGACAUCGCCUCUCACAGCAACAUCAUCUUCAGUAACGGAGGACUCGACCCGUGGUCUGCAGGCGGAGUGACUUACAACAUAACGGAUUCUCUGGUUUCCAUCCUGAUUCCUGACGGAGCCCAUCACCUGGACCUCCGCUACAGCAAUGACCAGGACCCACCUUCAGUCCGCACAGCCCGGGUGUUAGAGGUGAUGUAUUUUCGAGAGUGGAUCAAGCGGGCUAAAAACACACGUCAAACUGCAUCAGCCCCUUAGUCCCUAAAAGCAGCACAAGUGUACCUGACCAGGAUGUCCAGGAUGUCCAGGGUUGCCUAGCUUUAAUUUGCGUGACACGGUGUGUCACAGGGUGCUCUCUGCAUCAUAAUGCCAAAGUUUAUGCCUUUUUUAAUUAAUGUUGGGGCUGAUUUCUAAUAAUUACAUUUUUAUUU